CCCGGACCCUCCGGUCCUCGUCCAGGUCUUGGAGGAGGAGUCGGGGGAUUGAUAGCAGGAGCGGCAACAGCGGCCGCGGCUGCAAUGGGAGGUCACCACGCAGGUCAUCACGGAGGCUACGGGCACCACGGCCACGGAAAAUACAAAAGAGGGUUUUUUGGAGGAGGGAAGUAUAAGCGAGGGAAGCACAGUAUGUUCGGAGGAGGGAAGUACAAGCGUGGUAAGCACGGCAUGUUCGGAGGCAAGCAUGGCAUGUUCGGACGAAGGAAGUGGAAAUGAUUCAUAAUCUCAUUCCUCUCUACAUAUAUUUAACAACUUAAUAUUAAGCUUAUAUAUUUAAAUCUGUGUGUCAUUGUGUUUAUUAUUUGUGCUUAAGUACAUGUACGAUUUAUAAAACUCUUUAAUAUAUUUAGUUGAAUUUUGUCUUAUGAAUGUUAAAUUAAUGGUGAAGGACAUCUCUUAUA